GUUGGGGACUUUUCUGAUCAGAGAGAACUGAAUAUGCCAAGUUCCCACUUCUAUACUAGUCCAGGACCAAGCCCACCUCUUGCCUAGAGAGUACCAGGCAGGUGUUGACCUGAGAAUUCUGUGUCGGCUUCCUGAGGCCUCUUCCACCAUGCAGAGGCUGAUGAGUCUCCAAGUCCUCUGGGGCAUUCGCAAAUCCUACCAUGGCUUUCACCCUGCCCCUUGGUACCUUUGCUGCCGGUCUUUAUCAGGAGCUGGAACCCUGAGAUGGAAUGACUAUGAUAGACCUAAGGAAUUUAACUUUGCAAGUGAUGUCCUGGACUAUUGGACUCAAAUGGAGCAGGAGGGCAAGAGAGGUCCAAACCCAGCCCUGUGGUGGGUGAAUAAUCAAGGUGAUGAAGUGAAGUGGAGUUUCAGAGAGAUGACAGACUUAUCCCGCCGUGCAGCCAACGUCUUCACCCAGACCUGCGGCCUGCAGCAGGGAGACCGUCUAGCCUUGAUCCUGCCUCGAGUGCCCGAGUGGUGGCUGGUGGUCAUAGGCUGCAUCCGAGCAGGAAUAAUCUUCAUGCCAGGAACCACCCAGAUGAAAGCCAAGGACAUUCUCUACCGAUUACAAGUGUCUAAAGCCCAGGGCAUCAUGACCACAGAUACCCUUGCCCCAGAGGUGGAUUCCCUAGUUUCUGAGUGUCCUGCUCUGAAAACAAAGCUCCUGGUGUCUGACCAUAGCCGUCACGGGUGGCUGGACUUCCGAUCACUGAUUAAAUCAGCAUCCCCAGAUCACACCUGUAUUAAGUCAAAGACGCUGGACCCAAUGGCCAUCUUCUUCACCAGUGGGACAACAGGCUUUCCCAAGAUGGUGAAACACAGUCAUGGACUUUCCUUGCGAUCCUUUUUGCCUUCAUGCAGGAAAUGUCUACAACUGAAGACAUCUGAUGUCUUGUGGAGCAUUUCGGACCCAGGCUGGAUUCUGGCUGUCUUGGGGUGCCUGUUUGAACCAUGGACAUCAGGGUCUACACUCUUCAUCCAUCAUCUGCCCCAGUUUGACCCCAAGGUCAUUCAAGAGACAUUGUUCAAAUACCCCAUCACCCAGUGCCUUGCUGCGCCAGCUGUGUAUCGAAUGAUUCUACAGCAGAUUCCUACCAGUCUCAGGUUCCCUGCCCUGGAGCACUGCAUUACUGGUGGGGAGGCUCUGCUGCCAGAGGAGCAAGAGGAGUGGAGAAGACGGACAGGCGUUCUGCUCUACGAGGUCUAUGGACAGUCAGAAACAGGUAUAAGUUGUGGCACUUUACGGGGAAUGAAGAUCAAGCCAGGUUCCAUGGGGAUAAGUAUCCCCCCCUUCGAUAUCCAGAUCAUUGAUGAGAAGGGCAACAUCCUGCCACUCAACACUGAAGGCAACAUUGGCAUCAGGAUCAAGCCAACCAAGCCCAUUGGCCUCUUCAUGUGCUAUGAGGACAACCCAGUAAAGACUGCAGAAGUGGAGUGUGGGGACUUUUACAACACUGGGGAUAGAGCAACUAUGGAUGAAGAGGGCUACAUAUGGUUCCUUGGGAGGAAUGAUGACAUCAUCAAUUCCUCUGGGUACCGAAUCGGGCCAGCAGAGGUGGAGAAUGCCCUGGCUGAACAUCCAGCAGUGGCUGAAUCAGCUGUGGUGAGCAGCCCAGACCCGAUUCGAAAGGAGGUGGUGAAGGCAUUUAUUGUCCUGACCCCGGAAUUCCUCUCCCAUGACCAGGACCAGCUCACCCAGGAGCUGCAGCAGCAUGUGAAGUCAGUGACAGCCCCAUAUAAGUACCCGAGGAAGGUGGAAUUUGUCCCAGAGCUGCCCAAAACCAUCACUGGCAAGAUUAAGAGAAGUGAACUUCGGAAAAAGGAGUUUGGUCAGCUGUAAUCAGCAAAACACUCAGAAACCACUCUGUAAUCUUGACUACAUCCUUGGCUGCCUCAGUUUCCCCACUAUGGAGAGGGUGAGGAGGGGAAUGUAGAGCACUGUUUUGCAAGAGUGUCAGGAGUGCCCAUGUUCUAGCAUUUUUGUUCUCUUAAAUUAAUAUGUUAUUAUCUUCCCUCCACAUCCCUGGGUAAGUGCUCCAAAUGUGGUCUGGUAAUAAAACAUUGACAUCAGCA